CGUUAACCUGAAUGCAGCCCAGGGGAUCUUGUGUGAUUCAGGGGGCGUGCCGUGACCCAGCGCUGGGCGAUGUGGACUUCUCCGCCAGGAAAGUAAACACACCAUUCCGUCAAGAUGGCCUCUCUCUCCGUGUUCCGAGUGGCACUUCUUGUGUCGUUUUCAGUGUUUCUGACCGUUGCGUUGGGUUUUGGACUGCCUGCUCUGCUGAACGCAGCGAUGAGGAUGUUGGGAUUACCCGAGACGAGCGUUUCCGAGUGCAUAAUUGCCGUGUAUUUACUUUUUGUGCUGUAUGUUGCGACGCCACGAAUUCCUAGAGGAUUGGUGGAGGUGAAGGGGAAGGCUGUGUUUAUUACAGGUUGUGACAGUGGAUUUGGUCACGCUCUUGCCAAACAUUUGCACACGCUUGGCUUCACCGUUUUCGCUGGAUGUCUCCUGAAGGAUAAAGGUGGAGAUGGUGCAAAGGAACUGGAGGAAUUUCAUUCAGAUCGCAUGAAGGUAGUCCAGCUGGAUGUCUGCAGCGAAGAGCAGGUGAACCAGGCUGUGGAGUAUAUCAGAGACAACCUGGAGGACUCAGAGAGAGGUCUGUGGGCUGUGGUGAACAACGCUGGUGUGUCAACGUUCGGAGAGGUGGAGUUUACUUCCAUGGACACCUAUAAGCAGGUGUCAGAGGUCAACCUCUGGGGCACCAUCAGGGUCACCAAAGCUGUUUUGCCGUUAAUCCGCAGAGCCAAAGGCCGUGUUGUCAACCUGGCCAGCAUGUACGGAAGGAUGGCUAACGUCAUGCGGUCACCUUACUGUGUAUCUAAAUACGGCGUGGAAGCUUUUUCCGAUUGCCUCCGCUAUGAGAUGAAGGCCUGGGGAGUAAAAGUGUCCAUAAUCGAACCGGGGAACUUCAUCGUGGCCACGGGCAUCCUGACCCGCGACAUUGUGGCCACCACGGCCAAUAAGCUGUGGAAUGAGGCGCCCUCAAAUGUGAAGGAGGAUUACAAGAAAGCUCACUUCGAGCAGCAGAUGGCUCUGAUGCGCUCUUACUGCAACAGCGGGCAGAAGGAUGUGGCCCCCGUUCUGGAUGACAUCACUGAUGCCAUCACGUCGAAGCGUCCUUACACGCGAUACAACCCCAUGGAGCCACACUGGUGGAUCAGAGUGCAGCUGAUGACGCAUCUGCCCGCUGCCAUAGCUGACCUCCUUUACUUCUGAAAGAGCUGUUCCUGUCCUAGCUCCCUCUGUUUCAGCCCUCAGACAGCAUACUUUUCAAAAUAGCGCUCCGUAGAUAUACAGACUUACCCUGAAGAGGGGUCUCCGCUAUGUAUCCUCAGCACUUGAAUUCAUUCACUGAUCAAGCCUUAAAAUUUCAUGUUUUUUUUAAACUAAGUUAAUUAUUGCACUUUGCGCUUUUUCUAUGUCUGACAAGAAACAUACAUUUAUCUAUACAGAUAUAUUCCGUGAUAAGUAGCAACUACUUUGUGUUGGAUUUCAGCAGGGCUAUGACUUAAUCGUUACUAUAAAUACUGCGUCCUUAUUGCUUGCUGUGGUAUUAUUUAAAAGAAAAAAGACAAAAAAAAGAUUAUGUUUAUCUCCUUGUAUCUAUUUUUCCCCCUCAAUGCUUGCAAUGUUUUGCCUCAUGGGAAUCCUCUGGAGCCCCACUGGCACGAGGACCAAAGCUUGGUAGAGCUCAAGAGACGGCUCCUGCUGCUCUGUUAUGGCUGACACCGGAACAAACCCAAGGUCAGCAAUUGUAAGGACCGUGGUGAGAUUUUGGCUUGACUCGCCCCCCCACAAAGUUACGUAACAACAACACAAGACCACUUUGUCUCACGUGGACAUCAUUCAGCCUCACUUUAAACAGUGAGGUUGUGUGAUUGAUGGGCAUGCUUGAACAAAAAGGUUCCCCUCCCUCACCCUGCAACCUUCACCUCCUUGGUGAAAGUGUAUGUUAUAUAUGGAAUUAUAUCAAUAAAUAGAGCAUUUUAUUUUGAAAGUA